AUUUUUUAUUUACACCAAAUAAGAUUUCAAGAUACUUUCUAAAAUUUAAAACUUUUCGAAGUUUGCAGAACAGUUUUUUGGUAAUUUAUUUGAUCACUUUGGAGUUGAACAAAUCAAGGAACAGACGUAAAUAUUAAGCAAUUGAAAAAUCAUCUAUUUAGUAAGAAAUACAAGAACAAAAGUGACAGAAUUUUUGAAUAUUGAACAUUUUAUUUUAAUUUCGAGCCAUUAGACAUGAAUCCACGAAAUUACUUUAAUCCUCGCAAUUUUCAACCUCCACCUCGAAGCUUUCAUCCAUCAAAUCCACAAUUUCAAAGCAUGAUUUCUAAUGUAAACAUGACAAGAUUCAGCUCGAAUGAGCCACCAAGGAAUCGUCCUAUGCAGCAAAACUUUCAAGCUCCAAGAGCUUCAGGAAGUCAGCAGAUGCAACAGCAAAUGCCAAUGCAGAGGAAGCGACCAAUAAAUCCUCCAGAACCACCAAAGUUCUCGGAUGUAAAUCGUGAUGAGCUGCCACAGAGCAGCAUUAAUUCAGGUUACAAGUCAGCUAUUGAUGAAGAAAUUAAGAAGCUAGAAGAAAAGUUUAAGGAUCAUCUCCGUGAUCCAGAAUCUCAUCCAUUCUAUGAAAAAGAGUGGCAACUAUUUUGGAACCGAAAGGCUGAUGACUUAGCUAAGCGUGGAGAAGAUCCAUCAGACUAUGACUUUCAUGAUGAAUGGUGUGAGUUCUUUGUGGACAGAAUGCGUGAGUUGCAUGAUGAAGAAAUAAGAUGGAAGAUUGAUCAAGUUCGUAGGAAGUUUGGAGUCACCAAUAACGACUAUCCACCACCGAAGAAAGCACGAACAAAAAGUGUUGAAAGAAGUGGAUUGAUUGAUUCCAAAAAGGAUAGCGACGAUGAUGAUUAUAAGCAUUAUGAUCGUCCAGGACCUAACAGACAUGAGCCAGACAAUCGUCGGUCAAUGGUAUUCCAAGGAAGUAGCCAACAUGAUUAUGAGCAGCCAAGACAGUUUGAUCAAGGUGAUUUUGGUACAGACAAUGAUCCAAUUCCACCAUGGAGAAUGCAAGGACCACCAGACAUGCAGAUGAAAACUAAGAGGUCAAGAUUUGAUCAGCCAGGACCACAAGAAGAAUUUAUGGAUCAUUCAAAAUUCAGGCAGACAUCAUUUGAUAAUCGUGAUCAGUUUUCAGGACAACAAAGUCAAAACUUAAAUUUUCAGAGUCAAAAUUUUCAGAAUCAAAGCAUGCAGUCAAUGAAUUCAGGUAUGAUGCAAAAUCAACCAAAUCAAAAGUAUCCAAUGAGGCAGGAUGGUCCAUCGAAUAAUCCAAGAUUCAUGGCUGAUCAUAAUACCAUAGCUAAAAAGAAGAAGGCAAACAUUGAGAAGCUCUUGAAUCACAUGCUUCCAACAAUUCAGCUCGAAAAUGUCCCAUUGACAAUGAGAAUUCCAGAAAUUCUCGAUUUUUUCAUGGGUAAAUUGCGUGGCAUUGUUGGAUGCUUCCGUGCCACAGAUUAUGUUGCUAAAAUGACAUCCAAAAUUGUCUACAUAAUUCUUAUGGACGAGAAAGAAAUCGAAAUGAUGGAAGCUUUGCAAGAAAUUUACAUGGACGGUAGUUAUGUCAGAAUAUCCAGUGUAAAACUUAUGAACGGAAGUGCAGUUAUGGAACCAACCAACUCAGAAGUUCCAGGUGCACCACAAAGUUUAUUCCUUACAAAUCUAGAAAAGCGAAUGACUGAGACGACUUUUUAUUUGCGGGAACUUGCGAAGCUUUUUGAGUCACAAUUUACUAUUACAGGAAUCAGAAUUUGCCAUAAUGCAAAGUUGAAGAAGUCACGUAAUUUUGGAUUUGCAAAUUUCAUCAACAAAGCUUCAGUCGAUGAGUUUGAUGGACGUGGAUUUAAAAUGUUUGAUUAUGAAAUCCGAUGCAGUCGAACCCUAAAAAUUCCACUUUUAAUUCAUAUUGAUCAUUCUGAUGUCUUGGAAACUGAUCCAGUCUUUUGGACAAACCAUUUGAGAGGAAUCAACUUAUUGAAUGUUGACAUGUAAGCAUGGAUAUUAAGUUCACAGAAAUAAUAAAACAUUUGACUUAAUUCUUUAACAAUAAUUUAAAUUUAUUGCAAUUUAUUUAUUGACUUGGAAUUUUAAAUUCCAUUUUAUUUGACAAGUUCAGUCUGCAUGUGCUUGUAGAAUAACUUUUAAGUUUCUUACAUCUAGGUUCAAAGGUUUUUAGGGUAUAAUUUUAUUAAAAAUGUCAAGCAGAAGCAACUUUGAAGCGAAAUUGAAAACUGUUUUAAUGGACAUAUUGAUCUGAUCAUGGAUAUAACCACCACAGGAUAGCAAAUAAUUUUUGUGCUAGCGGUAAAAUGGCAUCAGUGGCCUGAAUGGUAGAGCGUUUGCACACGAAUUGUGACUAGGUACAUUGCAUGGGAUAUCAGGUCUUAUGACGUAAUCGUGUCUUUGCAAUGUGCAGGGCUUGCAUGUGGUUCGGAUCCCACUAUAAACUGUAGAUAUAAAGUGUAUUGUCCAAUAGGUUCUUUACAAAUUAAAUCGCAGUGCCUCCAGCUGAAAGGCUAGGCCCUUUACACAAUAUUAUUAUUAUAUUAUUGUGCCAGCUAUCAAAUCAAAAAUUAAGGCACCUUUAUAUGUGUCUUUAGUGCGAAAUUUCCAAAAUCUUACUAGCACGAUCAAUAGCUUAGCCAUGAGAUGGUUUCAAGACAAACCUUGAGAUUUUGUGGAUAUUCUGGACCUACCUUAGAAUCAACAAUCAAAAUUAUGCGUAUAAGUAAAUUUCUGUAGCUUGAGAAGUCAGAAUAAUUUUUUUCAGAGAUUAGCUUUGGAUUGUUCUUCAAUUAAUGAACGAAUUGGAAAUAUAAAUUUGAAUAAUUUUAGACAAGUUUAGAUCGUUUCCUCCUUAUAUGUAACAAAAGGAGCCCUAAUUAAUGACAAACCCUAAAAAGGGAAUUUUACUGAACAUGAUUUGAAAAGUUUUAUAAAAUAUAUUUUAUAUGGCACAAGAUCAUAAUUAAUUUUAUAUUUCAGCAUACUUGUAAACGUUAUUUUCUUUCAGGGAUGAGAGUCAGAUCUAGCUUAAAAGUGUUUAAAUUACCCUAUAUUAAUUUGAGAUGUAUUUUGUUAAAAAUGUCACAAUAUAGUAGACUUUAAAUCAGUGUUGUUUAAACUGUGUACCGCGGCACACUGGUGUGCCGUAGAAUUUUUUUUAAUGACGCGAGCCGCAUGCUGUGUGCGACUUCGGUAAUAGCUUACACCUAAGGUGUGCCGUGGCUCAAAAAAGGUUUGACAACACUGCUUUAAAUGAACAUAAUUUUUGAACUGCCCGAGAGCUAGUUUGGAACCAGUUUUAAAGCUAACUAAAAUCUCAUUUUUUUUUUUGGUUACUUCGGCUGGUUGCAUAGACCAAAAUGAAUGAUAAUUGAACAGAAUUGAAUUGCUAAAAUAAUCAGAGCUCGAGAUUUUUAUAGAUUUUGUAUGGCGAAGUCGACUCCGAGUCGAAAAUUUUAUCGACUUAUGGCUCUGAAAACAAUAUUUAAUAACCUAAACUAUAAUUUACUAAGCUGCUGUCAUCAGUGUCUCUUCUUUUGUGAUAAAUAAUCUUGUAAGAAGCUUCCAAGUGCCCAACUUGCUUCAUGGCCAUCAAUUUUUGAAA